AGGUAGGCUGUCAUUCUGCAAAAGCUGCCCAAGAACAGGCUUUCCUCUGAAAAGCAGUGCAGCUCCUAUUUAGAAAGACUGAAUCUAAAUGUUGUCUCUGGAGACAAGAAGCCUUCAGUAUGUUAAAUUACUUUCAUUAUGUAUUUUCAGAUGCUUAUUGAUUCCACAGUAGGAAGAGUGAGACUGCAGCAGCCUCUAAGCAGCACUACAUGUUCCAUACAUUAGCAGUACUGCUGAAACAAUGGCACAGUACAGACACAUAUUUUCAUUAAGGUCAUUCUGGAAGAGCUGUUUAUGAUCCUCCUUCCCCAAUCCUCUACUAACAAGUGAACAAAAUGAAUCAAUCAAAACUGGAAAUGCUUCAACUACAUCAAGAAUUUAUCAAAUCUUUAGCAGAGGGCCCACAGCAGCUAAUUCAGUAUUUACAACUGGCAAUAUGAAGAAUUCAACUGAUCGAGUAUCUCCCUAGCUGUCUAAACCACAAGCUGCAGGAUAUUCUUGCAAAAAAAAAAAUGAUUUUAAGAUACUGAGGAGUUAAAAACCAAAGAAUACAUUAUUGCUGGAAUAUAACAAACUGACAGUAAUCAUCCCAAGAAGAUGAUAUAUAAAAUAGCCACAAAAAGAAAAACAAUGAAACUAUAAAUGCCUGAAAACAAAAUGGUGAGCAUUUUUAAAGGGGGAGUUAAUAUUUAACAUACCAGAAUUGUGGAACUACUAAUUCUUGAAGAAGCAGGGAAAUAUGACUUGCCAAGAGGAGAAUGGCAUACAUUACCAGCAAGCUAAAUGAAGCUUUAGCAAGUCUUUUUCUGCACUAACUGUUCAGAUAUUUCUAUCAAUUGAUGUGACUCAAGGAUUUUUCCAUCUGAGCUUAUGACCAAUUAUGUAUCCUCUUUUAAUGAAAACAAACCAAAUUAGAAAGGAAUGGUUUUAAUCAAAAGAACAUAAACUGGAUUUAUAACAUAAAGCAAGUUGUGUGCUCAAGAAGUCAGUUCAAAAUAAUGAGGACUGCUAUAGAAACAGAUUUUCAAUUUUAACAAAAGAGUGUCUAAAUAUAUUUUAGAAGCUAGAAACCUGUGUUUCCUUUUCUGUUUUCACAUGCUCUGGAAAAUAUAAGUGACACUGUCAUAUACUCCAUCAAAGGGAAACAUAAUUCUUAUUAUUUGAGAAAGUUUCUCUUGAUCGUGACUUUAUUAAGGCAAAACAAAUACAGAUAUUUUAUACUGGUCCAUAGAAAUUCAUCAGCCAACUAAAUCUCACAAUUCAUGCAGUUGAAGUUUUGGAGAGAAAAAUGAAAGAAUUCCUACAAGACAUGAAAUAAAACACAGCUACUUCACUGCUGUCAGGUAAACAUUUAUGUCAAAUCUGUCCAUGACAUCAUGUACCAAUUUGUGAGAAACUGCUCCAGUGAGCCAAAAGGCCCCUAAGGCAACAACAAACAGGAGAAAAAAACGAAUGCUCCAAGAGAAUGUGUUUUUCUCCCAUUCUGGAAAUCAACAUGCAGUCUGAAUCUAACAUUACAGUGCGCGAUGACAUUGAUGACAUCGACACCAAUAUGUACCAACCACUAUCAUACCCAUUAAGCUUUCAAGUGUCUCUCACUGGAUUUCUUAUGUUAGAAAUUGUACUGGGACUUGGCAGCAACCUCACCGUAUUGGUACUUUACUGCAUGAAAUCCAACUUAAUCAACUCUGUCAGUAACAUUAUUACAAUGAAUCUUCAUGUGCUGGAUGUGAUAAUCUGUGUGGGAUGUAUUCCUCUAACUAUAGUUAUCCUUCUGCUUUCACUGGAGAGUAACACUGCUCUUAUCUGCUGUUUCCAUGAGGCCUGUGUAUCUUUUGCAAGUGUCUCAACAGCAAUCAACGUUUUUGCUAUCACUUUAGACAGAUAUGACAUCUCCGUAAAACCUGCAAACCGAAUUCUGACAAUGGGCAGAGCUGUAAUGCUAAUGACAUCCAUUUGGAUUUUUUCAUUUUUCUCUUUUUUGAUUCCUUUUAUUGAGGUCAAUUUUUUCAGCCUUCAAAGUGGAAAUACGUGGGAAAACAAGACACUUCUGUGUGUCAGCACUGAUGAAUACUACACUGAACUGGGAAUGUAUUAUCACCUGCUAGUACAGAUCCCAAUAUUCUUUUUCACUGUCGUAGUGAUGUUAAUCACAUACACCAAAAUACUUCAGGCUCUUAAUAUCCGGAUAGGCACAAGAUUUUCUACCGGGCCAAAGAAGAAAACAAGGAAGAAAAAGACGAUUUCUCUAACCACACAUGAGACCACAGACAUGUCCCAAAGCAGUGGUGGGAGAAAUGUCGUCUUUGGUGUAAGAACUUCAGUCUCAGUAAUAAUUGCUCUCCGGCGAGCUGUGAAACGACACCGAGAACGGCGAGAAAGGCAAAAGAGAGUCUUCAGAAUGUCUUUGCUGAUUAUUUCUACAUUUCUUCUCUGCUGGACACCAAUUUCUGUUUUAAAUACCACCAUUUUGUGUUUAGGACCAAGUGACCUUUUAGUAAAACUAAGAUUGUGUUUUUUAGUCAUGGCUUAUGGAACAACUAUAUUUCACCCGCUGUUAUACGCAUUCACUAGACAAAAAUUUCAAAAGGUCUUGAAAAGUAAAAUGAAAAAGCGAGUUGUUUCCAUAGUGGAAGCUGAUCCCAUGCCUAACAAUGCUGUAAUACACAACUCAUGGAUAGAACCUAAAAGAAACAAAAAAAUUAACUUUGAAGACAGUGAAAUAAGAGAAAAAUGUUUAGUACCUCAGGUUGUCACAGACUAGAAAAUUUACCAAAUCCAUAUCUAGAAGUUUUAAAAUUGUAAAAAAUAAAAUUACUGCCAAAUAUUUAAAAAGAACAUUUCAAGUAUUGGUGUAAAUUUUCAGUGUAAAUGUCAAGAUUAGAUUAGUUCAUAUAUAUUCAACUUCUUCAUUACUUAAUGUAUUUGUUGCAUGGCAGUUUGUUAAAGUAAUACCAUGUGUAUAUUUUGUCAAAAUUAUGUCCAUCCUAAGAUAUUCGUGUAAGUCAUAUUUUCUAAAGAAUAAAUACAUAGCCUUAAAAAAGUGUAUAACUUUAAAAUGUAAGUGACACAGAUAUCCUUGCUUUAUACAUAUAUAUACAACAUGAUAUAUAUAUAUAAAGUGAACUAUUUUUAAGCGACAGAUUAUAGAUAUAUUUAAGUGAUGACUCCUAGACUAUCAUUUUAACAUAAAGACUAAAAGGAUGGGCUCCAAAUAAUCUCACAGCAAUUUAGAAUUUCUUGUAUAUUAUGUGUUCUGAUAUAGAGUACUUGAUAUAUCUUUCAUACAUCAAAAAUAAUGAACUAUGUUCAAAACUUUACCCUUUUAUUUUUACUAUAGAAAAUUAUAGUAUUUAUUAAGAUAUUUAAAAGUCAAGAAGCAAAAUUGAAACACAAACCCCUGUAUAUAUCCCCAUCAAGAUAAGGAAACAUACAGUUCAAGUUUAUUAUACAAAAAGAUUAAUUUUUUUAAUUAAGGGAACUAUGCCUAUAAUAUGCAAACUAAUGGAUAAGAAAGGGAAGAAAGAAAAUUAAAUUACAAUCUUCCUCACUUUGUUGAGUUUAAGCCAGAUACUCUAAAUAUGUAUAGAAAUAAAGUAUACAAGUAAAAAGCAUUCAAUAAAAUAAACUGACUUCCUAACUUUACUCUAGUCAAUCUUUUCAUAUUAAAAUUUGAGUAUAGUCAAGGAAAAAUAAAUAAUACCAUUACAGAAAGGCCUAACAAAGCCAACUGCUUCUAAUUUUAGACUCAGAGCAACUCCGGAGUAAUGCAACUCACAUCAUAGUUCCUAAAUGUUUCAAAAUACUAUAUAGUUGUUUAUAUUCUGAAAAUCAUUAAAAGCAGCAGUAACUCAUCAACUUUUCUACUCUAUACCACUUAAUAACUUAAAAUAUUUUGCCUUCAGUCUUCAAAUCAUGCUGAAUAAUUAUGAAAUUAUUAACCCUAACUAUUGAUAUCAGGCCAGGGAAUCUCAUAUCAAAAAAGCAUCUUCCAAGUAUUUUCAUCUAAUAAUCUAUCAAUGAGUGCUAAUGUACCUAUAUGAGAAAGUUAGCAAUAAGUUAAAGUAGGUAAAUACUUACUACCUGACAACUGACUUAGUGAAAACCUUUUCUAUUUUUUUAACUACAGUCACUAAAUUAAGUAGCCACUCAUUUUUAAAUAAAAAAAAAUUAUGUGGAACAAUUAAAUAGUAUGUCACUUUUGUGUAAAUGAUACUAUUCAAUAUACUAAGAACCCUAAUAUGGGGAGGGGAAUGAAUCAAUGAGGUUAUAAACAGCAAAUUAAAUACUGAUUUACUUCUUAUAAAAACAUCAAUAUAAUUUUAAAUUUGGUAAAGGCAUAGCUAACUUCUUCCACACAUCUACUCUUCUAUAGAUCAAACAAGACAGUAGCAUAAGCAAGGAAGACCUCAUUUUUGUAACCCACACAGAAAUCAAGACUUUAUAGAAAAAUGUAAGAAUACUAUUUCAUUGAUAUACUUGGCAGAAUAUGUAAUAGACAUUAAAAAUUUAAAUGACUUUAUACGUACUCCUAAAUCUAAAUGAAAAUUUAAUCAUUUCAUAUUCAAUAAAAAUUAGACUAUUUUUAUAUCAAGAAAAAAUUUUCAUAUUAAGAAAAUUUUGUUUUAAUCUUCAAAUGUAUUCAUUUCCAAAGACAGCUUUAGUAACAUUUUUCUAAUAUAUUUGUCUAAACUGCUUUCAUAUCCUCUUGUUUACUAGAACUCAUCUACAAAAUAAGUGGCAAAUAAAAUGUUACCCUCUAAAACUAUGAUUAUUCCUAAAAUGACAUUGCAAUUGACAAAUAACAAACAUAACUGCUAUAUUAUGAAUAUACAAAAGUGCAUCCACUGAUUGCCAGAUAAGUUAUAAUAACUAAUAUUAUGUGGUGCAUUAUACAAAAUAUUUGUAAGUUCAUCUUUUAAAAACAAGUAAGAAUAUUUGUAAUUACUGACCUCAACUUAAAAGAAUGAGAAGCUGAAGCAUUUGAUUAAAUGUUCUAUGAAAGAGAUGACCUUUACUAUAAUGUGCAAAUUUUUCACUUUAUUUCAAGUAACUUUACCUCGCAAAGCACAAGUGCUACAUUUUCAUGUAAGAAUAAGAUUUUUAAAGAAAAAACAAAUACGAGAAAUAGUAAAUUCAAUAUGGAAGUCUUCCUUAAAAUUGUAUUUUUUAACUCACAUGCUACAAAUUACAGAUAUAAAUUUCUAUAUAAUUGGGUUAAUUCUUCAAAGUAAUGGGAAUAAUAACUAUUAACUUAAAAACUAUCCAAGGAUGAGGCCAGAGCAAUAGUACAGUAGGUAGGCGUUUGCCUUACAUGCAGCUGACCUGGGUUCAAUCCCUGGGAUUCCCUAGCAUCCAUAUGGUUCCCCAAGCACCUCAAGGAGUAAGUCCUGAGUGCAAAGCCAGGAGGGAACCCUGAGUAUCACCAGCUACAGCCUCGACAAACAAAACUAUCCAAGGAGAAACUCAAUAAGAUACAGGCUAUUUUUUUUCUGUUUUGCUUGAUAAUGUUAGGAGGCUAUUAUUCUACCAAGCAUUACUCGAAUUUAUUAUGAAAACUAAAUAGUUUAUAAUUACCUCUUUUCUAAAGCCAUUCACAAUAAUUUUGUACCUCUCAUUUAUGAUUUAUCAAUAUUUAGGAAUGUGGUCUAUUUUAAAGUGAAGUAAAAUAGUUUAUUUCUAUUUACUUAGGAAAUGAGAUUUGGGGGUAGGAGAAGAGACUCCAUGAAAUAAAGGAGAGGAAUUACAUAUCCCAAGUGUGAAUGGGGUUGAUUAUAGAAUAGGUAUGCCAUGAUCUAUUUUUUAAGUCCCUGCAUAAUUUUUUGGAGACAUGACAGCUUGAUUGUCAAUUAGAUCUUUCAUUUUUAGCAUAGACUAGAGGAUACAAUCUUAAUAUCCUUAACCCACAUAAAUUUAUAGCAAGAUUUCAGUUCUCAGGGAAUUAAAAAUUAAACUUAUUAAAAUUUUAUUUAAAGAUGACAAUUUAAAAGUAAAAGAAAAUAGGUAUUUAAGAGUGCUUUUAUUCAAUAUAACAAUUUUAAGUCUUUUUUUUUCCAAAAUCAGUCAAACUUUUGGUUUCAUUACAUUUUACAUUUGUACAUUUAAGUAAAGCUUUGUAAGCAAGUACUUUUAAAUUCUUACAAAAUGAGGGGAGUAUAGAAGACAGACUAUAUCAUAUGUAACAGAAACAUUACACUCGAGAACUUGAAAACUACAAUCAAGGUAUUAAAAUUUAUGGCCACAUCUAUCUACAGGGGAAAAAAAAAGACAACUUAGUAAGUGUUAUUUAAAUAGAACAAAGUCCUGAGGCCAGAAAGAUAGUACAAUGGAUAGAGCACUUAUUUUGCAUGUGGCCCACCCGGGUUCGAUCUCUGGCAUUCCUACUGGUCUCCCAAGCCCCACCAGGAGUGAGCCCUGAGCACAGAGUCAGGAGUAAGCCCUGAGCACAGUGAGGUAUAACCUCCCCCACCCCCACCCCCAAAAGAGCAAAGUUCUUAAUAAACUUGAGAAGAAUGGAGAGGCUAAAGGAAUAGUACAGCAGGGAGGGUGUAAGCCUUGACCGGGGUGAAUGAGGUGCGAUGCCCCACGCCACACAAGGAUACCCUGAGCCUCGCCAAGCGCUACACCUGACUGCAGAGCCAGGAGGUAGCCCGGAGCACUGAUAGAUGUGACUCAAAACCAAAAAAAGAAAAAAACAAUAAAGGAAAAGGAAAAGGAAAGGGAAAGGAAAGGAAAGGAAAGGAAAGGAAAGGAAAGGAAAGGAAAGGAAAGGAAAGGAAAGGAAAGGAAAGGAAAGGAAAGGAAAGGAAAGGAAAGGAAAGGAAAGGAAAAAAGGAAAGGAAAGGGAAGGGAAGGAAAGGGAAGGGAAGGGAAGGAGGAAAGAAGAAUUAUGUUAGAUAUGAGUGCAAUACUUUUUAAAAGCACUGUUGAGAAAAGCUACUGACAUUCUAGAAAACAGUACACUGCUCUCUUUAGAAAGAAGAAAGGAACCGUGGCAAUAAACUAAUCUGUAAAGUUAAAUUAGGUUCAAAGAGCAGAGAGGGCCUUAAAAAAUGCCAGCAGAGAAAUCUAAGCAGGAGAAUUAUACAGUGAAAUAUGAACUACAAGAAAUUAGCAAAAUAGCAAAGAAAGAAAGUUGAUUGGAUAAGACAAAAAUGACUGUAAGCUAAGAAACCAAACCAAUGAAUUGGCAUAACACAGAAAAUGGGAGAGUUGCUAUUACUUUAGUUAGUGAAAGACUUAGGAAAACUUGCUGGGAGAAGUUCAGCAAACGAAUGUCUAGAUGUGACAAGCCAUAUGAAGGCAGAAUCAGCAAGGACGCCAACUAACCAAAAAAAGAACUGGCAUGAGACUCUGAAGAAUUAAAAGUGACAGCCAUAAAGAGGGCCACAAGAAACUAGAUGACCCUCAAUGAUCUAAGAACUUUUGAAUUAUGCUUUGUAAAAAGUAUAAGGAUAACAAGGUCAAAACAAAAAUAAUUCCUGCCAAAACAUAUAAAGCAAAAUAUCAUUAUUUAAAAUGUAGUAGUUAUUAGAAACUACUAAAAAAUGAUCAUUUAAGUUGCUAUUUCCAGCAUCUAUUACACAUUUUGUAUAUUAACUUACCCAUUUUUCCACUAAACACAUAUUUUCUCCUUCCAAUAAAAAUUUAAAUAAUGGAAAAACAUAAAGACAUAUUAAAAUAUCAUCCUUUAUUUCUUUCCUCAUAAUAUUCUAUUUUUAACAUCCAUUCAACUCAUUUUAUAUAUAGUUUUCUUUAUCUUGGUAAUGAAUGUGUAAAUAAUCUUAAUGAAAAGUAUCAGUGUUUCUAAUAAUCUUAUGAUAAAGAGUUGAAUAUUUAAUUCUCUUUUGCAAUUAAACUUCAUUUCCAAAUCAUCUUAUAAAAGGAAGGAAGGUUACUGAACAAAGUGAAGCAAGUUUUUUUCUGAGUGGAGUGAAAAACAAAUAUAAUGCAUUUCUUUUCCUUUCUACUUAAAAGAUGAAAAGCAAAAAAGGCAAAGAAAAUUCUGGAGCCUAUUUUCUUUGCAUCUCCCAGACAGACACUUGGCUGUACUCCUUCUGAAAGAAAGUAAGCUCUUAUGGAACUUCAGGGACGGCAAACAAAACUAAACAUGAUAUGACUAAUAAAUGAUAGGAGAGAAAGCAGCUCAGAUCAUAUUACGAAACUGCAGUGGCGGGCUAAAACUGUGACUGCUUGUGUGCUAACAACAUACCCCGAAAGCAUAUAAACAUUUACACUCUUGCAAAAAGAAAUCAAUAACUAAUAUCCUUAAAAGAUAUGGCAGGGAAAAGAUCUGAAAUACUCAGAGAUCCUUAGUUCUCAAAGGAUUAUAAAGUGACCAUAUUUUGGAGUUAAGAAUUCACAAAAGAAAAGACAAGACUGAUCUUUGUCUAAAAAUCAUUCAGAGCAACACAAAGAUUAUUUUUAACUGACAACUUAACAAACUAAUUAUAUAUGUGCACAUAUAAUAAGAAAUAGAAUAUUGGAAUAUUUUAACAAUUCAUAGGUGUUUAGAAUAAAGUGGUAAUGGCAUGUAGAAAUAAACAAAAAACGGUGCUCGUCAGUAAUAUGGGAGCUAUCACCUCCUAAAAAGUGUGUUUUACAGGAGAAAGAGAACUAAGUAAACCUAAACACACUACUCAGCCUGCUAUUAAUAAAUAAAAUAAAAACUGAAAAAAGUCCUAAGUAUUUCAACAGUCCUUUUCACAUUUUUUACAGACUUCUGUAAGCUAUAUUCAUGGCUUUCAAGUGUGACAGUUCUGUAGCUCCACCAGCAAGUGUUAAAAAGGGCUGUCAUUCCUGUCACUCACACCAAAACAAACUCCCUACCACUAUCAACCUUGAAGUAUCUAGUAAGAUAAAUAAGGGUUAAGACUGUCUAGGACUGCGGUUGUUUUUCUCACCUUGCUUCCAUGAAGGCAAUAUAUCAUAUGUUUCUGAGAGAUAUUAAACAGACCACCAAAGCAUAUCCACCAAUUUUUCAAGGAUAAAAAGAAAAAGAAGAGUAGAAUAUUCUAUUCUUUAUCAUUAUAAGGGAUUGUUUUCUAUUCAGUUAUGGGUAUACAAUACUAGUAACAGAUGAAAAUAUGAAAAUUUUAAUCUGACAUAUACUUUGAAAAAUAUCACUGAUCAAAUGAGAGUUCAGCUACAGUAGAAAAAGACUAUAAGAGUGAGAAAGAUAUUAGCCAUAAGUAACACACAUUACCCAACCUGCAAUAUGUUGUAUAUAGAUUGGGUACAUAAGACUAAAAAUAUAUCUAUUUCUUUCUAAUAUUUUUAACAUUUAAGAAUUGAAAUGUAAAAGAAUAAGUAAAUUUAGAUAGAGCGAUAGCGGUUGGGCGUUUGCCUUUCACGCGGCCAACCCGAGUUCAAUUCCUCCACCCCUCUGAGAGAACCAGGCAAGCUACUGAGAGUAUCGAGCCCUUGAGGCAGAGCCUGGCAAGCUACCCGUGCGUAUUGGAUAUGCCAAAAACAGCAACAAUAAGUCUCUCAAUGAGUCUCUCAAUGAGAGAUGUUACUAGUGCCCGCUCAAACAAAUCGAUGAGCAAUGGGAUGACAGUGACAACUCCUAAAAUACUAUAGUCCUUACAUUGCUACUGAAUUUUUCCCCAUCUAUCACAUCCUACAAAGAACAAAAUUCUAGUAAAUUGUAGCAACCCAACUUUAAUUCACACAGAUAGCUGUAAUAUAACCUUUGAUAAUACAACCACCCAAAUGUGUCUGCUAUAUACUAACUAAUCAGUAAAUAUUAGUAAAAUUGAAAAAAGAACUUUUAAACUUCUGGCCCUACUGUGUCUUAUUUAAAAAUUCUUCUCAGAGGCUGGAGUGAUAGCACAGCGGGUAGGGUAUUUGCUUUGCAUGCGGCCGACCCGGGUUCGAUUCCCAGCAUCCCAUAUGGUCCCCUGAGCACUGCCAGGGGUAAUUCCUGAGUGCAGAGCCAGGAGUAACUCCUGUGCAUGCCGGGUGUGACCCAAAAAAUAAAAUUUUUUUCUCAAAAUGUUGCUCCAUAUAUAUAUAUUAUAUAUGUAUACAUAUAAUAUAUAUAUAUAUAUAUAUAGCAUUCUCUACAGUACUUCCUUAAAAUGACAAUUUCUGUGUUCCACUUGAAAUUUACUGAAUCAAAAAUUCUGGGGAUUAUAGUCCUAAAUGUUUCAGUAAGUACUCCCAAGGCAAUUUGUGUGCUAAAACUUAACCACCACUACUACCUCAGAGACUAGAAAAAAAAAAAUAGGUAUCUAAAAGAAAGACAUUCACAGAACUAAUAAGUGAAAAGUUUGCAGGUCUGAACUCAGUGCCUUCUUGAAGUUUGGGAGGUUUUUUUUUUUUUUUCAGUUUAGGUAACACAGUUACAAUAGUGUUAACAUUUAUGGAUUUGUUGUAAAAAUUAUUAUACAGAAUCACCACCACCAGUGCUGAGGACCCCUCACCACAGUUCUUAUGUAAUUGAAGAUAUUUUUUCACUAAAUGAAAUUAUACAUUUCAUUUGAAGUAACACUUUAGUUAAAAAGAGUUUAAGUGUAUGUUUGGGGAGGGGAGGCCUUUUUAAGGACAAAAUAUUAUAUUUUUCUAUGACAUUUUCUCUGCAAAAGCUUCCCUUAAACAUCUGUGCUAGAGAGAUAGUACAGUUAAAGGUGUAGGCCUUGGAUGUGGCCAGUCCCAGCUGGAUUCCCAGUAAUGGUGACGGUAACACGUGUCACCAAACAUCGAACAGUGUGGCCCUGGAGACACCCUUGCAUACCUGUGGUGUUAUGGAUAACCCUAGUUGGCCUCUAGAACACCAAACUGGAGACCCCUCUCCGAAAAAAAUCACACUCCGAAAAUAAAAUGUAUCAAACAUAAAACAUAAUGAUAUACAAUGUUACUUAUAUUUACUUCAUUCAACACAUACACUUCUUUAAUUAUGAAAAUACAUAAUUACUACUUAUCCUAUCAUCUUUUUAAUUAAAAAUAAUAUACUAUGCUUUUACAUUUUUGUUCACUUUAAUAAAAACUUUAUUAAAAUAUAAUACUAUAUACAGAAGGUAUGAAUUACUAAAAAAUUAACUCAGUAAAAAUUGGGGCCGGAGCGAUAGCACAGCGAGUAGGGCGUUUGCCUUGCACGCAGCCAACCCGGGUUCGAUCCUCGGCAUCCCAUAUGGUCCCCCAAGCACUGCCAGGAGUAAUUCCUGAGUGCAAAGCCAGGAGUAACCCCUGAGCAUUGCUGGGUGCGACCCAAAAAAGCAAAAAAAAAAACAAACCUAAAAAACUAUAUUUUGCAUUAUCUUUUGAACAUAUGUAGCUCAGGUUUAAGUCAAUAUUUUUCCUUUUAUUUCAAUUUCCUUUGAACUAUCAACAUCAUUUGGGGAAUAUUCAGAUGUAUCUUUUGAUAAUUUAUGACAACUUCACUUUAUUUUCUAUCUAAUUUUAUAACAGUUUAUAUAACAGAUUCUUAACACACAUUCCCAUGGUACUACAAAAAUACCACGCAGCCUGAGCACAUUUCUUAUUAACGCUCGCAACUAAGUAUUCUUUCUAACAAAAUUUCAAUAACAUAUUUCAGGUACAUGAAAGUAACAUACUUCAAAAAAUGUACAUUUUGAAAUUAAUGUAUUUCAGAUAAACGAUGACUUUGAUAUAAGGUUUCCUAGAGUCUUAUAAGUUGCUUAAAUAGCUGUACUUAAUUUCACAAGCAUAUACCUGUAUAUUUUUUCUCUGGUCAAAUAUCUACAAAUUCAAUAAGUUUCUUAAAAAAAAUAUGUAACCAAAAAUUAAAAUAACUCUUCUCAGUGUUAAGAAAAAAAAAAACAGAAAAUCAAAAUUGGUAAAUGUUAUAUAACUUAUGUAAAUUAUAUAAGAUGACUUAAAAGCAUGAAAUUCUAGACAUAAAUGAGAUAAGUAAUAAAAUCACAAUGAAAUAAUUUUAAAACUGAUAAUGAAAUAAAAAUGCAAAAUGCUGAGACUAGGGAGUACAAUAGAUAGGGCACUGGCCUUGCAUAUAGCCAACCUGAGUUCAAUUCCUAACAUCCCAAACGGUCCUCUAAGUAUCACCAUUAGUUAUUCAUGAGGUCAGAGCCAGGAGUAAUCCCUGAGCAUCACUGGGUGUGGCCCAAAAACUUGACCAAAAAAAAAGAAAAGAAAAAUGCUUAUCACUUUAACCUACAUUCUUGCAAGCAUAAAUAAAUUGAUUCCUACGUAUUCUCUUAGGUCAUAUAAAAAAGGACAAGAACUGACUAUAUGACUGAGUAUCAAUAAAAUAAAAGUCUCCAGCUGUUAAAGUACAAACUACCCUUGAAACUAAGAACAGAAAUUAUUUUAUCAUGUCUUUUUUCAAAAAGUAAAUGACAUGUAAAUGUCUUCUACAACUUUUGAAAACCAUCAAUAUAUCAAAGGGUUGCUUAUGUUACAAAAAAUGGUCACAAUAACCUUACAGGUAAUAAGAAGUCUUAUAAGACUGAUAUUAUGUCUUAUCUCAAUGUACAAUAUAGACAUAAGUCUAAGAAAAAAAUGAUUAGAAAAAUAUCUGAGAAUACAUAUGUUGUGUAGGUAUAAAACCAUCUAUAAUGCUGGUUUAAUCCAAAGACAGAUUCUAGAAGACUGAAUAGUAUACUUCAACUAUUUCAUAAAUAUCUAAGGGAUACAACAGAUCAUUGGAAGAGGGAAGGUGGAACUUCACACUGAAAAGAAGACAGAUGUCCUUAGGAACAAAAGAAACAGGCCCCAGGUAAAUUCAUAUAGUUAUUCCUUUCAUGCCCCUCCCUCUCGGCAGCUUUCAGUAAUUCACUAAUCAAGAGAAAUGGAUGGAAGUCUUCAAAACACCAUUCUCAAAUUAAAAAAAAAAAAUCCUUCUGCUUUCAACAAGUAACUAGAAAAAUAACAACUGAAGGAGAAAUAGUUAAACAUAAAAUGAUAAACUUGAAAAACAAUCUGAGGUGAGGUAGCAAAUUAUAAAAUUACAUACUAAAGAACCCCUUUGUUUUUUUGAGGGGGAGCGGGGAGAUAUACCAGGUGGUGCUCAGGGGUUACACCUGGCUUUGCACUCAAAGAUCACACUCCUGGCAGGAAUCAGGGAACCAUAUGAGGUUCGGGGGAUUGAACCCAGGCCAACUAUGUUCAAUUACAUUAUCUCUCCAGCCCCAAGAACUACAAUUUAUGAACAAUCUUUAAGAAAACUCUGCUUUGCCUUAAAUUUCUGAUGCCCAUUAAAACAUAUUCCUACUAAUUAUUAAAAGAUACAUUAAGAACAGAUACAGUGUGAGCUAAAAGAAUGGUGCUUUGAACUAUACAAUAAAGACAUCAUAUAAAUAUUUUAUCAUUGUUGUCAAACAUAGGGCAUAGAUAUGAGAACCUUUUGCUUUUAAGUAUAUUAUUCUCUAUCAGUACCAGUUAUAUUAACAAAUAUGCUUCCUGGUUCUAUAACACAACUCACUUCCCAAAAUACAUAAAGGUUUCUAAAACCUUAAUGAACAACAUAUGUUACAGGAUCUAGUAGGCAAAUUUACAAAAUGCCCAAACAAAACUGUCAAGAAGUACUACUCACAAACUCCUAAUUGCUCUAAUACAUGUCUCUUAUCUCGUGAGCACUAAAAAUAUCAUAAAAGUACUUUUAAAUGGCCUGCUAUAAUAGCAUUUAGCCUUCACAAGUUCAAACUUAAAGCAUAAAAGGUUUGGGUUGUAUGUGCUUAUAAAAUCAGUAGAGAUAAGAUAAUGUUAGUGACAGAAAAUAUAAUUUCAGGGCCAGAGAGAUAGUACAGUUGGGUGCUUGUCUUGCAUGCAGUCAACCCAGGUUUCCUCCCAAGCACUUAAUUUGGUUCCCCAAGCCCUGCCAGAAGUGAUCCCAGAGUGCAGAGCAGGGAACAAGUCCUGAGCACCACCAGGUGUGAACCAAAACCAAAAAAAGAAAAGAAAAUAUUACUUCAAUAUGGAUCCUAACAAGAAGCAAUAGGGAAAGA